AUACUAGGUCCUAAUUAAUACUAUGAUGCUUACAGGUAACGAAUAAUUUGAGGUAUGUUUGAAAAAAUUGAAGAGGAGAAUCAGAAGAAGAUGAAUAUUUGACAUUUCAAGGAUGACUUCUUUGACCAAUAAGUUCAUCAUCAUCAUUCACACCAUAAAUGUGGACAGCAAAUUACCAAGUCCAAUUUCACCAUUAAUUCCAAGUGGCUCGGAUCAAGAAAAAUACAAAAAACAAACUUCCAAAUGCUUAGGAAAAUAAAGAAUCGAAAUUUUUAAGCGAUCAAAUUAGCACAGCGGAUAUUAUUUUGUCCACAUUUGUUAUUCAAAUAGAUUUCAAACACAUAAUUAGCAUAUACUCAUUAAACAACAUUAUCUCCUUAAUAAUUUUGACUCUGGUUUCAGACAAUAUAUUUGAAUAAAACCAAACCUAUCAAAUCUCUUUUGACUAAUCUGUUCUUCUUUUCUUCUUCCCAUAAAACUUCACAACGACACACUUCUGCACAAAAGAUUUCCCUCUCACCAUGUUCUCGAAAGUUUCCAUUUUUAUCUUUUUCGUCACAUCCAUACUGUUGUUCCGAUCAACCACAUGCGUCGAAUUCAUCUACAACUCCAAUUUCACCACCACCAACACACUUCUCCUCGGCAACGCCACCGUUAAUUCUCCACCGUCGAUCCUCACCCUCACCAACCAAACCACUUUCUCCAUCGGACGUGGCCUCUACCCUUCAAGAAUCAACGCCUCCUCCUCUGCCUCGCCUUUACCUUUCGCCACAUCAUUCAUCUUCUCCAUGGCUCCUUUCAAAAGCCUCUCUCCUGGCCACGGCUUCGCCUUCGUCUUCCUCCCUUUCUCCGAAACCUCCGCCGCUAGCUCAUCUCAGCAUCUCGGCCUCUUCAACUUCACCAAUAACGGCGACCCCAACAGCCGAAUCUUCGCCGUAGAAUUUGAUGUUUUCCCUAACCAAGAGUUCAACGACAUCAACGGCAACCACGUCGGCGUCGACGUCAAUUCCCUCACUUCCGUUGCAUCUGAAACUGCAGGUUUCUAUGGAGGAAGAGACGGCGAGAGAUUCACGGAGCUGAGGCUUAACAGUGGCGAGAAUUACCAGGCGUGGAUUGAGUUUGAUGGGUCAGCCAUCAAUGUCACGAUGGCUAGAGCUGGCUCUAGAAAGCCCAUAAGACCACUCAUAAGCAUUCCAUUGAACCUCACUGGAGUUUUACUUGAUGAUAUGUUCGUUGGAUUCACUGCAUCCACAGGACAACUAGUACAGAGCCAUAGGAUUCUCUCAUGGAGUUUUAGUAACUCCAAUUUCUCCAUUGGCGAUGCUUUGAUCACUAGGAAUCUUCCUUCGUUUAAAUUGUCAGGUGACUCUGUUUUAAAGUCUAAAGGCUUCAUUGCUGUGGUUUCUAGUGGUGUUGUGUUGUUAGUCUUUGUUAUUGGGCUCCUCUGUUUCUACGUUGUGAGGCGGCGAAGGCAGGGACUAGAAGGAGACGUGGAAGAUUGGGAAACAGAGUAUUGGCCUCACAGAGUGCAAUACAAAGACGUUUUGGAAGCAACCAAGGGGUUUUCAGAAGUGAACAUGAUCGGAUACGGAGGGAAUUCUACGGUGUAUAGAGGAGUGUUGGAAGGUAAAGAAGUGGCGGUUAAGAGAAUAAUGAUGAGCCCUAGAGAGAGCGUUGGCGCGACGAGUGAAUUCUUGGCCGAGGUCUCGAGCUUAGGGAGGUUAAGGCACAAGAAUAUAGUUGGACUAAAAGGUUGGUCCAAGAAAGGAGGAGAGAGUCUGAUAUUGAUUUACGAAUAUAUGGAGAAUGGAAGUGUCGAUAAGCGGAUAUUUGAUUGCUAUGAGAUGUUGAAUUGGGAGGAAAGAAUGAGAGUGAUAAGAGACCUAGCCUCAGGGAUGUUGUAUCUACACGAAGGGUGGGAGUCAAAGGUGUUACAUAGAGAUAUAAAGUCAAGCAAUGUGUUGCUUGACAAGGAUAUGAACGCGAGGGUAGGUGAUUUCGGGCUGGCUAAGUUGCAGAACACUAGUAAAGAGAUGGUUAGCACGACACACGUGGUUGGAACAGCGGGUUAUAUGGCGCCUGAGCUGGUUAAGACAGGGAGAGCAUCACCGCAGACCGAUGUGUAUAGCUUUGGAGUGUUUGUGUUGGAGGUAGUGUGUGGAAGGAGGCCAAUAGAGGAAGGAAGAGAAGGGAUAGUGGAAUGGAUAUGGGGACUAAUGGAGAAAGACAAAUUGGUUGAUGGUUUAGACGUGAGAAUAAAGGCGAGAGGAAGGUUUGAGACCGAGGAAGUAGAGAUGGCUCUGAGAAUAGGACUGUUGUGUGUGCAUCCUGAUCCGAGGGUGCGUCCAAAUAUGAGACAGGUGGUGCAGAUAUUAGAACAAGGGAGAUUUGUGGAGGAUGGUGGUGAGAGGGAAAUGAGCUUGUUGGAGAGAGUGAAGAGCUCUUACUUGUUGGAAACUGGUGAGGGAAGCAGACUACAACAUCCCACGUUCCAAGAUGUAUGGAACUCGUCUUCUUAUUCUAAUUCCUUCCAAAGUUAUGAUUCUAUUCUUCAUGGAAGGUGAGAAACUAGCGUGAGAGUUAUUCUUUUUUAACGAAUUUCUAUACUAUAUAAUCUAUACAUGUUGUGUGAUUCUUUUGUAUAUAAGAUUGUAUGAAUUUGAGUAAAUUGCAUGAAUCAUUUUUGUUUGAGGUUGUAGCUAUUUCUACAUUGAGAUUGAUUUGGAUGUUGUACUGUCA